AUGUCAAGCGGCCGCAUUGAGGAUCAAGAUCACCAUCAUCGGGCGGACGAUGACAUCGGCGACAUGAUCCGGUAUAUUCCCAUCCGCGGUGGGGAAGGCUCAGCAGGAAGAUCACAGAUCCAAACAAACGAUCAUAAUGCUAUUCAUGGGGAAUACAUGAUCGAUCCGCCAAGGAGAUCAAGCCGAGUAUCUAAGCCUACUCAGCGAUCCUCAGAAUAUGCUGUGCAUCCUGUGGCGAGUCCGGCCCAAGCAGAAAGCAAGAAGCGGAAGAAAAACCCCUCAGCUAAUAUAGAAACUUCCAACACCCUUCCUUCGACAGAAAUCUAUCACAAUGUUGGAGAAGUAUCAAGUCCGCUCUCCUUUCCCCUUGAAUACUCAGAACAUAACCUGAUCAUACCGAAGGGACGUCAACUUCGAAAAAUCACGACCUCCACCAAAGUUGCAGAUAGUAAGCCACCCAGGACUUCAUAUUCCGGAUGGUCGUGUCACAAAGCCCCACCCGGUAUCUUAUCGUUACUUCGAUUCGAUCGUCCCCCGGAGCUUCUUACAUUACCUUCGGCAUCGGCUGUAGAGGAGAGUUAUCAAGAAGCACAAGCUAGUCAAUCCGGACACCCAAAUGGUGGAGUCAAGUCUCGCCUGACCAGGAAAAGACCCGUUCAGAGGGAACAGGCAGGUCUGUUUGUCCGUGAUCGAGUUGUAGUCACAGCCAAGAAAGAUGGGUUAAAAAGGAAAGCAACCGAAAAUAACCAAGAUGAGGUACAGAUUCUACCUUUGCCUCAAACGUCUUUUCAACCUUAUCCGCAGAUAGGCAAGGGCAUUAGAUCAAGCAGAUUCUGUAAGAUCUUGAGGAUUUUAGCUGGUCUACAGAAUUCCAGAUUAAGGAGAGCAGAGGUAUUACCGCAACCUAGGAACAGACCUCCUGUUUGGGCAGAGUCUCGACAAGAGCUCUGUGAAGCUUUGCCUUACUAUCGAAGUUUCCAAUCUGGUUUAUACAUGCAUAAGAAGGUAGCGUAUGGAUAUCUACUGGAAGCUUUCCCAGCUCCGAGAGAUAUCUGGGCACAUAAAGGGAGAGUCAUCAUAUCUCACGGGGGUGGACAAUGUGUACGAACGCUUAAAUUGGAUGGUACGCCAGGUCCAGCAACUUUACAAGCCGAUCAAUCUCGCUCGGACGCCAGGGUCGACACACUUCUUCUAGCUCAUGAGAGGAGGAUACCGAUCGUGUUGAUUGCUGGAAAGGGAUAUGAGGGGUUACCGUGGCAGUUGGAUUGUGCCUAUGUCAUUUUGGGAUGGUAUUGGAUAUCCCUCACCUGGGUCGAAGCUGAAUGGCCACCUCUGGGUGUGAGCCCGCCAAAGGAGAGAGACUAUUUUUAUCGAGUGAAAAUACGAUUCGAUUGGGUCGAGAGCCAAGGUACACCAUGGUGGAUCAAUUCGAAGAAUUUCACGAAUAUCCCGGAUGCUGCUGAUAUCGCGAUACCACAUUCUGAUACUUGGAAGAAAUGGUCAAGAGAAAGUUCACCAUUGACGCCUUUACCCAGCGAAGGGGGUGAGAUUUCGUACAAGGAUAUCCGAAACGAUGUCAACCUACCAAAAGACGGAUCAUGUUGUAACGAAGAGAACAGGACGAACGAUGAUUUGUGUACACCGAAGAAGAUGGACGUCUCAUCUUUACUAAAUCCUAUUGGUCUGCCAACUCCGCCUCAUAGCUCUCCCAAAAGGUCAAAUCACCUGAAAUCUUCGACACCUCCUUCACCCUGUUCGUCAACAACACAUCGCCAGUUUUGGCCAGGGGACCAGUUUCUGUCAACCACCCAACCACUUUUGACGUUUACAGAACAUUCGCUCAAACGCUCUCCGUUCCCUGCCCCGACGACUUGCACAUCAUGUCAUCGACCUAUCGUACGGAUAUACCAAGAAGGCUUAAUCUGCUUUCAACCGGAAUGUCAAGCUUUCUUCAUGCUUGACUCCCCCAUCGGUAGUCUACCUAUCCCACCUGGAUUCUCCUUAUCUUACGAUGAAGAUUCUCUCAAACCUCGCGGUACACCUCCUGAAGUCUUGAUUCCAUAUAGUGUAGUUCCGCAGGAACCGGUCAGAGUGGUUCCUGAGACGGAAGAGAUGGAAGGUGAAGUUGGAGGAAGGACCUUAUGGAGAGGCUGGGUAUGUAGGAAAUGCGGGAGAGCGAAUUGUAGAUAUAGAUGGGAAGUAUGGGAAUGUCGGAAUUGCGGAAAUACUCUGGGGCUUGUUGAUCCAUCUCGGAUCAUCGUCAAAAAGGAUCUUCCUCAUAUCCCGCCCUCGUUUUUAGGGGAUAGUCAGAUCGAUCCCUUGUCUGGUAUAACGUCGAGGAUAAGAUCGAUAAGUGAGAUUGGUGGUGUUUGUAUAGUGUAUGAUCUGCCAUAUGCAGGCAAAGUAUAUCAUCUCAUUCAACCUGGUUGUCAUCUUGCCGAUGAACUCCUGCAAGAUUACCAGAAAGCUGCCAAUGAAGGGGGAUGGUUCCAGCGAAGACCCCUAAAAGGUACGACAGUCAAAGGACAAUUUCUCGCUCAGCAUUUCGCAGUGAAUUACGGUGCUGCAUACAAAUAUCAGGUCGAUACGUUAUCUUAUCCAUUUGAGGAAUCGCCAGAAUGCGUUACUAGAUCGUUGGACUUGAUAAAUGAUAGAGUGAAGAUGAUAUUAGACGAAGAAUUAGCAUUCAACGAAAUUCUCAGUGUGAUGUAUAGAGAGGGUCAAAAGAUGAGUUGGCACGAUGAUGGAGAGGCUGGUCUCGGUCCUAUAGUCUCAUCUCUAUCGUUAGGUAAUCAAGCGAUCAUGUCAUUCCGACUGAAAACACCUCGAGUAAACCCUAAUCAAACGUAUUAUAAUGGUAUGGCAGAUAGGGAAAGUAAGAAGAUAUCACCUACUGCUUUGAGUUUCACUCUUUCUCACGGUGACAUAAUGAUAAUGCAAGGAAGUGAUAUACAGAAGAAAUACGAUCAUAAAGUCAUCCCGAUGGGCUUCAGGAUAGCUUCGACUGCUAGAGUUAUAGGUAUGCCGUAG